ACGAGUCAGCGGCUCAUUGAAUGGCAGGAAGCGGCCUUCGCUUCCCCAGGAAGCCCUGAGGGGAAGCCAAGAGAGCCUGGAUAACGGUCCAUCUGAUAGACAGAAGCGGAGCGGGUGGACGGAUCGAGGGGACGGGAGGAAUCUGUUCGGUCUUUGUCCCAGUCUGGAGACUGGGUUUGAACUGGCGAGAGGCUUCGGCACAGCUGCUCUCAAGCAGUUCCACCCAAGAGUCAACAUGAGCCACCAUCUAAUAGGUUUUGGGCUCCUCUUCUGCUGCCUGCCUUCCUCCUGUCAGAAACUGGAUCCAGAAGGGAAGAACGUUUGUUUAUAUCCCAGAGACCCCACCGCUCGUGUCUGUUGUUCUGGCUGGCAGCAGGAAGGGAGCGAAUGCACGAAGCCUGUGUGUGAGGGCGAGGGCGCCUGCCAGCCCGACGAGAUCUGCGUCUUCCCGGGCGUGUGCCGCUGCAAACACGGCUUCUUCGGCGCCCGGUGCAAAACCCCGUGCCCCCCCGAGUUCUGGGGCCCCGAUUGCCGUGAGCUGUGUCAGUGUCACCCCCACGGGCGAUGCCACCCGAAGACAGGGAAGUGCACCUGCCUGCCCAACCGCUGGGGCGACGUCUGCCAGAACGCGUGCCGGUGCGGCCGCCACGGCCGCUGCGACCCUGUGUACGGGAACUGCACCUGCGACGAGGGCUGGUGGACGCCCACCUGCAGCAGGUCGUGCCUGUGCAACCGCAGCACCUCCACCUGCGACCCCACCAACGGCAGCUGCUUCUGCACCCCUAACUACUGGGGGCCCAGGUGCACCCUGCCCUGCGACUGCUACAUCUCGCCCUGCACCCAGUCCUCGGGCACCUGCCAGUGCCUGCAUGGCUGGUGGGGGCCUCAGUGCGACCGCCGCUGCAACUGCAACCUCAACCACAGCCAGUGCAACGUGACCAGCGGCGAAUGCAUGUGUCACCCCGGGUUCAAAGGCCCCUUCUGCAAUGAGCCCUGCAGGGCUGGUUACUACGGCGCCGGCUGCGAGAAAAAGUGCGGCCGCUGUCAGGAGGAGCAGCCGUGUUCCGUGGCGGACGGAUUCUGCGCAGCAUGUGAGCCGGGCUGGAACGGGACACGCUGCGAUCAGCCCUGCCCACCCGGUUACCAUGGAUACCUGUGCCAGGAGGCGUGUCCCCGCUGCCGCAACGGAGAGCCCUGUGACCCCCGUACAGGACGGUGUUCUCGCUGUGACCCAGGUCGGACAGGACAAAGGUGCGAGAGCAUUUGCGCAAACGGGACUUACGGAGACGGCUGCCGCUUCCCGUGCAGCCCCUGUUUCCACGGCCGGUGCGACCACGUGACGGGAAGCUGUGUGUGUCGGCCUGGCUUUCAGGGCGAGAGCUGCAACAGCUCGUGCCCGGAUCACCUCUACGGGGUCAACUGCUCGUCCGCCUGUGACUGUGGGGGAAACGCCUGCCACCCCGGCACUGGACAGUGUCACUACAGCAGUCGGGGUGCCCUCAUCGCAGGCCUCCUCGUCCCCCUCCUGCUGCUGCUGCUGGCUUUGAUCUGCUGUUGCUGCUGCUGUGCUGGUGGGGCUGGGAAGGACAGGGUGGCGGUGGGCGAUGGGGGCACGGCCGUCCGGAUGAAGCAUCACGUCUACAGCGUCCUGGCCAACGUGAGCUCGGCGAUGCCCUGCCUGGCUCUGUGGUCCUCCGGGCUGCCCCGCGUCACAGUUUCGCACCACGACCCCGAGCUGACCUUCAACCACAGCUUCAUCGAGCCGCCGUCGUCCGGUUGGGUAUCGGACAACUCGUCCUUCGAAAGCGAAGAUGGGGAAGCCCUCUACUGCACCCCCCCCAGAGAAGACAUCUCUGCAGUGGCGGGGGGUGAGUUCCAGGAACUGAGCUCUAAGUGCAACAUGUUUCCAGACCCCUCUGGGUUCAGCAGCGAGGACAUGUCCCUGCCCUUCUCCAUCCCACGGACAUCCAGCAUCGCCAAGGCCAAGCGCCCCUCCGUCUCUUUCGCCGAGGGCACCAAGUUCGCUCCCAAAGAGCGCCGAGGCUCGGCCCAGGAGGCUCUCGGUGCGGCACGCAAGCCCAAAUCCCCUUGGGGGGUCCUCGCAUUCUCCAUGUGGGGGGAGGGCGAACUGGAAGCGGAGCGGGAGGUUGCGGAGGGUAGAGGCAGACCGAACGAAGAACCAGGGGAGGACGUGGAGACACGGCACCAGGACCUCGAUCAGUCUGGUUCUGCUUCCUCCCGUUCCAGCGUUUCCGUCCCUGGAGGGAGGCCACGGACUCUGUCCAACGCCCGGCGACACGUCCAGCACCAGACCUCCUCAGACCCUGCGGCAUCUGACACGGGUGCAGACAAGAUAACCACGGUUUACGUGACCGUGAACAGGCCUCACGGCCGCUCGGCGAAGACGGAGCCCAGCGUCGACGGUCCCGUCCAGGCCGUGCUGCGGCGACUGGGGAGCCUGCAGAGGCAGCGGGAGGAGGGCGGCCGCCCCAAGGGCCGGGGUGACGUCGUCGUCGCCAAGCCCCCCCGCAGGAAGCUGGGGGCGCGGGUCAGCAUGUGGGAGCAGGCAGCUGCGGGGGUUUCCUCGGAGGUGAACAUGAGGAAGCCCAGCCGCAGAAAGCACACUCCUCUGAGUUCGCCCGGGGCGAUGGGCUCCGAACCCCAGCAGGACAGCGUCACGCCCAGGAGACCGCUCUCCUCCAUUCUGACCAGCGUUCCGGAAAACACGGCGGUCGGACCGGACGGCGGAGCGCCGCGUAGCGCCGACUCUCAAGCCGCAGGCUCUGCGACGGACUCUGAAGCCCUUUCCAACGAGGGGACCUCAGAUGACGGACCCAGUUAUGAAAAUGUCAUGAUAAAACAUUCAUGAAGUCACAUACGACAGGAAAGACCGAUCAUGCCGAACGUACACCCGGGGGCCACAGGUGGCGCGGCGGUGAAGGACGCGGCUGCGGGGUUGUGCGCUGAACUUCACAGGUUUAAGUCGCAGAUCGGGGAGCUGCCGCGGUACCCUGGAGCGCGGUACUCAUCCAGACCGCGCUCAGGAAUUCUCGAAGCGUGUAGAUGGAUGAAAAGUUUUCGUCACCUCACAUAAAAGUGUGAGGAGGAGCGAAAAAGUCACAGUAAAAUAGUAGCGACGGGGUAAGUUAAAAUGUGUACGGUGCUGCCUGACGCUGUCUUUGUAUAAAUGACCAUUUUGCUCCCAUCGCAUCUUCAAAUUUUAGUUUAAAUGUAUUUCAGUGUAAAUUAAAACUAGGGGCUAUAGGUGGCAUAGUGGUUAGAGCUGUCGUUUGGACCCAGAGGUUAUAGGUUCAAAUCCCAUGCCCUGUUGUUGUGCCCUUGAGCAGGGUACCUACCGUACCUUAGCUACGCUCCAGUAAACGUUACCCAGCUAUAUAAACGGGUGAAAUCACAGUAAGCUGCUUUGAUGGAAACUGUCUGCUCAAUUAAUAAAUGUGGUCCAAAAGAGUCUAAUUAAAUUCCUAGUAAAUUAAAUUAAUGCCCUUGCGCCGCGAUGGUCCGGCGUCCCGGCCAAGGCGCUCCCUACGCAACGGAUAACUGAUUAUUGAUCGCGAAUGGAUAAAUAACGAAUUGCCAUGCAUUAGAAUAUAACAAGUGUUACCUAUUAAUUAUUCUUUGUUAGUUCAUUAUCACAAGAGCAGAAUUAAUUGCUUUAGUUCGGUCGCUGCUCCAGGUUUUUUCUUUAUGCUUGCAGUCAGGACCAGUGGACAUACUGGGGUUCUGUCCUUCGUUAGAUCUAUAAAAAGGACGUAUUGCCUCUCUUUUGGUUUGCAUGUGUGCUUUCUCUCCUAAAGGGCAGACACGAAUCUAAAUUUGUCAGUCAUAUGCAUAAAAAUAGCCCCGGUCCUGCUGCCAUGGUAACGUGCUUGGUUAGAAUUUAUCCUAGCUCAAUUCCUUGCUUUUUUUUUGAUAUUUCUAUACAUAGCCCAAAAUUCUUUGUAAAUGUUGCAGGCUUUCUCAAUAUACAGAAUAAUUAUGAAUUGUCAUGACAAAAUGUCUAAUUGGUCAAGUUCAGGAAUGCGGGAAAAAUCACAAGGAAUAUAAUCCUGUUUUAAUCCUGGUCAGUUGAAUGCACUCCGCUCCCAUGGACAGUCAUGCUUUGUAUCCACAAAUUAUUUUUUGUUUCUAAGUACAAUAAAGGCCAUCUAUUUUCAGUUCGAGUCAACAGCCAGACUGAAAGGUCAAGUUAGGCCCUGCCCAGUCCCAGCUAUAUUCACAAAGUGAACCGUUUUCCCCCAUUUAGCAGAAUAAUUAUGCAAAUGAUGCAAAUGAUGGAAAAUCAUU